CUCUUUUUCAAUCAUCCAGUGUGUUCAUCGUUUUUUUCUUCUUUCUUUAUCGCUUUUGGUCUUUUGCGACACAAACGCACCAUCACAUUUAUUUGUUGUGUUUUUUUUUCGGGUGCUGAAUAGGCCGUCUCGUGCAUCGAUGAAUUGUUGUUUUCAUACGUGCUCCCUCCUCCAUUGGUGUUAGUGUAAUUGAAUGCCAUUACAGAAAUGGCGACAACAGAAGUAGGAGAGACGGUCAAAACACCACAAGAAAGCGACGAAAAUGGGACAAAUGGUGACAUUUCCAAAUUGGAAUACAGUGGUUUGAGCGAAACUGAUUUGGGUAUUACUGAUAGAAUUACGGAUGAAAUUUCACAUGAAUUAGACGAACACGGUGCACCGGCACCAUCGGCUAAAGCUAUCAAACGGGAAAUAAACGAAAAUCAUUCAUUUAACGAUGACGAUGCUCCGAAAGUGUUGACUACAUUGGAAACUGUAAAAAAACCAUUACAACCAAACGAUUCGGAAGAAAUUGAAAUUUGCCCAAUCGAAACGGAAGACGAUGAAUACGAAGAAGAACCGAUCUUACUCGAAGUGGUUAACGAAGAUGAAGAAAAUAAAGAAUGUGAAACGUCCGAAAUAGCAACAAAAACCGUAACGUAUCGCAAAAUGGAUAUUGCAACAUUGUCAAAUGAUGGUCGUUCAAAGAAUCAACAAACACCAAAAACGAAUAACAGUAAACCAUUGUCAACAAAUAACGAUUCGAUUGUUACGCCAAACAAACCGAUUCCGACACCAUCUACAGGUACCAUUGAAAUUCCAAGAGAAUUAAUUACAUCUGAUGUCAGCGUUAUUUCUCCGGUUAUUAUAAAUCAUAUAAAAAAUCCAUCAGCUAACAGCAAUGAUUUGAUUGCUAUUUUAGAGGGCGACGGUGAUGAAAACGGUUCACUAAAUACAUCUGUCGAACAUUACGAAUUGUCAUUAACAAGUGGAAAUACAAACGGUGAACAAAAAUUAGGAUUAACAGCUGAAGAAGAACGUGAAAUAGCAAUGGAGCAAAUUAUGAGCUUGCCGAAAAAGAAAAAGGGACGACCGAAGCUAAGUCCAGCGGUGAAGGCGGCACGUGAAACGAAAUCUGGUAAAAAAACAAAAAGUGCAUUGAUCAAUUCAUUGGUAUCCGAAUGGGAUGAAAAUGAAGCAAAACACGACGAUUCCACCGAAACGGAAAUCGUUGUUGAAAUUCGACCACAAAAAAAACAGGCAAUUGUUGAACCACUUCAACCGACAUUCCGACGUUCACGUAUCAUAAAAAAGAAAAUCAUUUGGGAUCCGGAUGCGCCAGAAACGGCAAUUAAUUAUGCAAGUUUGGCGCAUACAUCCGGUGCUGGUCCGGUGAAGAAACAACGAAAAAAGCGUGAAAUCGAUGAUACCGAACCAGAACAAUCUGAAACAAUUGAAGAUAGUUCAGUUGUGGCUGAAGUUACAUUACCAUUGGCACCGCCACCGAAAAAAAAGAAAACAUCGGAAAUUGAUAAAUUGCUGGGUGAUGAAGGUGCAGCCAACAUGCUGAAUUCAUUACAUCAGGGAAAUAACAAUAACAAUAAAAUCGAUGGCACAAGCCCAGGUAAAAUUUCACGAGCUAAAGCAAUCAAAGUUGAACCGUGCAAUGUUCAAAAUUCAACGCCGUUAUCGGCGACUAAAGCAAAAUCGACAAAAUCAAAAGAGGUCAAAGAGCCAAGUCCACAAAAGCAAUCGCCAAAUCCAAACAAGAAGAAUACAACACCGAAAAGUGUUGGUGCUGGCAAAAAACGUGGCCCAAAAACUUCUGAAUCAUGGGAUUACAUUUAUAAUACAAGACCCGAUGAUUGUAUGAUCAUUCGACGACGUUCAAACAGUUCAUAUUCCAGUACAGCAAGCCUGAAUCGUACAAGUAUUGAUUUGCCAAAUGCACCGUUUGUUGGUGAUUUUGAUGGCGGUGACAAUGAACACGAAUUCGAAACACAAACUAGCAAACGUCAACGCACCAACAAAGACAAGAACUUUGAAUUUGUAAAGCCAAGAGCUAAGAAAAAUGGUAAGUCGGACAACGACACAAAAUAUCAAAGUAGCUUUGAUGAAGCCAAAAAUUCCGGUGUCGAUGGUAAUAGCAUUUUUACCAACCAUAAAACAAUCAACAAUCAUACCAAAUUGGAUGAAUUCGAUAUCAACGCAUUGCCCAUCAAGUUGGAAAAUGGCAAUGACAAAGACUCAACAUUCACAGAAAUUUCGGUGUGUCGUUUCGAACACUUUUCACAAAUCACACUUCAGCCAGAUGAUACUGACUCAAAAUCAUUACUCACUGUGCCGAUGUUGAAGGAAAUCGAAACAGCCUUACAUUCUCUGGAAAACGAUAAAACGACAAAAUUGGUUUUGUUAACAUCGUCUGCUGAAAAUUUCUGUGGCGGUGUUGAUUAUUCAUCUUUAGUGCAAUCAACAACGGGUGAAAAGCGACGCAUUUCCGCACUUGAAUUGACAAAGAAGUUGCACAAUUUUGUUCAAGUAUUGGCAGCAUUCAAGAAACCAUUGGUCGUUUAUGUGAAAGGUUUAAUAAGUGGUCUCGGCGUAAGAAUGCUGCCGUUGUUCGAUGUCGUUUGGGCUAAAAGUGGUGCUUCCUUUAGUGCAAACAGUCAAGACUACGGCGAGAUAAUCGAGGGAACCGCUUUGCUGUCCGCAACCGAUAAAAUUGACUAUAAUGCCAAAGCCAAGCUGUUAUUUUUAAAUGAGGUGAUGGGCGUAGAAGAGGCCAAAGAUUGCAAUAUGGUAACCCAGGUACUUAAAGAAGGAACAACUGACCAACGCAUUUUAAUUGAAUGUAAUAAAUUGGCCACAAAAUCGUCUUUGGUAAUGGAAACCUUUAGACUGAUCCAGCAACAAACUGUGCUUCCAAAGUUAAAAGAUGCACUGAAAAUCGAGCAAAAGCAAUUGUUGCAACACUGGAGUAAAUCGGAUUUUGUGGAUAAAAUCAAAUCACAACUAUAAUUUGGUAAAAUGAUAUACGAAAUUACACAGUCGCUAUGUCAUUACAAAAUCACCGAUAUUUCAUCAUAAACACAAUGCAUUCUUAAUUUAGAAAAAUUUAAUUUCCAUCUUUUUGAACAUGAUUCUUUAUCAUUCAUUUAAAAUUGAGCUUAUUGAUUUCUUCUUUUUUUUUAAUUAAGGAAAGAGUAUCUAUGAAGUAGAUACAAAGUUUUUACAUAUAUUUUUUUUUUUUUGAAUACUACAGAGAGACACAUUUAUUUUAGUUGAAAUAUUACGAAUAUAGGUGAAGUGGCCUUAAGUUUAUUUAGUUCUAAACGCGACCGAAAAAUAUCGAAACGAAGAAAAUUCUCAACGGAAGAAUAAUUUUUUUUUGUAUGACCUAAUUGAUUUAUGUCACGUUUUAAUUCGAAGCUCGAAAUAUUUGUUCAAUGAAAUGAACAAUUCUUCCAUAAAUAAGUCCGUAAAUUGUUAAUUUACAUUGCGUGCAACUAGCUAGAUCGACUUUUUUGAAUUUCAUUUCGGUAAUAUUAUGAACGCUUGAAAUCAGGGAUCACAAAAGUUUAUCAAAACAAAAUUAAAAACGAUUAAAAUUAAACAUAUUAUAAAAAUAUUUCGAAUAAAUUCGGAAAUGGGAAAGAAUUAAGUUAAAUCAAAAAUAAUUUUAAAAAAUUGAUUUCAAGUGCAAGAUCAAUGAUUUUCAAAAUCGUACAAAUUUCUAAUUUCCAAAUUAUCAUUUUUUUCUUCUUUGAAUUGAAUAAUAUACGCAUAUAACAUAUAGAUAUUUUUCUCACAUUUUUAGACAGUAAAAUAUACUAUUUUUGUUAUCAAUAAUGUUGAUACAUUCAUCAUCGGCUCCAUUAUUCGAGCCGACUAAUUUUCAAAAGAAAAAUAAAAUCAGAGACAAUUUACUUCAACAAAUAAAAAAAAUAAAUGUUGCUUUAUUA